AUGCAGGAAGCUCAACGUCUUCGUGGCUUGUUCUCUCUAGUAUUGGUGCUUUUGUUUAUAGACAGCUGGUUUGUCACGAACGGAUAUCCGAAGCAGCUUAUCAAUCCUUGGAUAAGACCAUCAUUAAUAUCAUCGAAACUGAUGAAAACAAGAAGGGCCUCUGGGACAACUAUUAGUUACAGACUUGAUUCAUGGUCUCAGUAUGAUAAUCCUGAAGAAGGUACAAAACGAGAGGGGGAUUUACAGCUUUCGAAAACGGGAAAAACCAUUACAACCGAUGAAACUUUACUGUGGCCCAAUGGUAUUGUGAAUUACUACGUUCAUUCGUCGAUAGCUAAUGAGCCGAUGAAAUUCGCUGUGCUGGAAAAAGCGUUACAUACCAUAAUGUCCAAGACAUGCAUUAAAUUCGUGCGUAUACAAGAACACGCAAAGCUCCCUGCAAAUAUGAGUUGGGUCAAUAUCACGGGUCACCGGAAAGGUUGCUUCUCCAAUUUAGGACAUAAAGCAUGUGGGCCUACUACUUUAAACCUAGACGUGAACGCGUGCUUCCGUACGAUUGGACACGCGAUACACGAGAUGUUGCACAUUUUAGGUGUAUACCAUGAGCAUAUGAGACCAGAUCGCGACGAAUACAUUACUAUAAUGUGGGAAAAUAUAAAAAAGGGAAAUGCAUUCAACUUCUAUAUAUUGAAUAAUACCGUAAUAACCGAUUAUGGUUUACCGUACGAUUACGACAGCAUAAUGCACUAUUCUAUGACGGCGUUUUCUAUUAAUAAGUCGCUUCCUACAAUAAUACCUACGUUGUCUUAUGUAGAGAUCGGUCAAAGAAGUCACUUGUCAUAUUAUGAUAUACAGAAAUUGCGAAUUGCUUAUAAUUGCAGUGCCGUCGAUACUAAUAAAUUGAAAAAGAAUGAAGAAUCCAACUUGGAAAAACCCAAGAGACGCAAAGAAUUGCCGCAACAAAAUAAAACAGACAUUAAAAUAAAAGUAAAACCACAAAUGCCGAUGAUUAUUAUACAGAAUUCGAUAUCAAACAAACUGGAUAAGAAUGCUGACCUAGAAAUGCCAAUGAACAAAUUUAAUCAAUAUUAUCGUUAA